AUGAUCUGCGUGGCGGCCACGCAAGCGGACGACAACCUGGCCUGGUAUUCGAACUACGGUCCGGACACCGUCCACUUGGCAGCCCCCGGCUCUGACAUCUACAGCACCAUGAUUGGGUCCUCGUACUCUUCCCUGAGUGGCACCUCCAUGGCCACACCCCACGUGGCGGGCGCCGCGGUGUUGGCCAUGAGCGCCUUCCACCUCGGCGGAGAUCAGACUAGGCAACUCCUCCUGGACUCGACCGAGUCCCUGUCCAACCUGGUGCCGGCUGUUGGCACCGGAGGGAUCCUGGACGUUGAGAACUUAGUCUUUGAGGCGGAGGCAUACUCACUGUUCUGGCUCGUGCCGGAAGGCGGCAACAAGUCCGCCCGGGCGACAGUCAAUGUUCCAGCCCAGAGCACGGUGCAAGUGGCCGUGCAGAUGGGCUCGCCAGUGGUUCUCAGUGGCGUGCGGGAGGCGCAGGUCAGCGUAAGCUGGCCGAACGGAUCGGCGGUCGUCCCCGUCACUUACACUGUUCAAGGGCUCGUGGAGCUUCAGCUGAGCCCCAGCUCCCUUGAGACGCAGGUGACGACCAACGCUACCUCGACGGUCUCCGCCACGAUUUCGAAUUCAGGAAAUGGUACAGGCCAGCUCCUGCUGGAGCCGCUUUCGCCACCUUUCUCCAGCGCCACCGAAGCUCUGACCGUAGCUGCGGGUGCCACAGCAACGGUGCACAUCGACUGCCGGCCAUCGGCUCCGGGUGAGUUCGGAGCCCUGGCAGUCUUCCGCACGAAUGCUGGGCUGGACCCGUUCAGCUCCACGCUGGCCAAUGCUACGGACCUCGGCGAGGUCCUGAUGCUGCAAAUCAACUGCACUGGCACCUUGCCGCCUGCCCUCACCGUGGAGAAUUUCACGGGAGCUGCGGAGGUCCUCUCCACCUCGACGCACUUGUCGCCCUUCCAGCCCUGCGUCCCUGCGAUGUGGGAGCCCUAUGUGCCGGGUGGUUCUCUUGAAGCAGACCUGGUCCUGCCGUCCGGUAGCAACAGUGAGGGCUGCGAUCCGCACUCUGCUCUCCUCGUUGCUGGGAAAGUUGUCCUCGUGUCUCGCGGCACCUGCUAUUUCUCUGAGAAAGCGCAACAGGCUGCUAACGCUGGGGCGGUCGGGAUUCUGAUCUAUGACAACCAGGCGCCGACGACAUUGCAGAUGAUGUCAAUGCCCAGCAACGCAGCGUUUCCAGACGUCCCCGGCUUCCUGCUAUCCCAGGAGCAAGGGCAAGGGCUUCUGGCUCGCCUGCAGGGCGGCGAGGACGUACGUGUGGCGCUUCGCUGGGAGGGAAUGCGCGCAUACACGGGCCAGCCGCCGACAGCGCAACAUCCAGCUUUCGUGACCUUUGAUGUCGCCAAUACGGGCGAUGGGCCACUGUCUUGGGAGGUCCGCUCUGAGGUCAAUUUCAUGAAGACGCAGGAGAGCUUCUAUGAGGUCUCCUACCCUGGUCUUGUGAGCAAUCCAGACUACACAGCUCCAGCUUUUGCGCGCGCAUCGCUGCCCAGCGACAGUGAACUCAGCAGCUUCUCCUCGAGCCAUGCUGACGAUGAUGCGGUGCUGUAUGCCCUUCCCUUUAACUUCUCCUUCUUCGGGCAGUCCUUCGACCAGGUCUACGUGUCUUCAAAUGGACUCCUUGUUUUCAACAUGGACUACUCGCCAGGCCAAGACUUCCUGGCGCUGCCCAGCACAGCAGCGCCCAAUGGGGUGGUAGCAGGCUUCUGGUACGACCUGGUCUGUGGAGCUUGCAGGAUUUCGGCAGCUCCCAUUGUCGAGAACUCCAACGAGCUCGUUGUCUUCCAGUUCGAGAACAUGUCCUUCUUCGACCCCAGCUACCCCUACAACGCGGGGCCAUCUGCCGUCUUCUUCGAGAUCCGGCUCUUUCGGGACGGGCGAAUCUUCUUCAUGUAUGAAGCCUUCCCGUCGUCGUCCACUUCAUACCUAAAUGCGCUCAUCGGUUUGGAGACGCAUGCAGGUGACUACGGACAGAACCUUCGCAUCAGCCUGGAGAGUCUCUUUGCCAGCCAGUCGCCGUUUGCCGUGUCUUUCACUCCGUGGGUCACGGCUGUCACGCCGACACAUGGCACCCUGGCUCCUGGCGACAGCGCGGCUCUGCGUUACGAUGUCUACAGCACCACUGGCAACAUGGGCUUCUUCAUCAUCGAUGGCACAGACGGCACCGGCUCAUGGCAAAGCCAGCAAAGGAUCCGCUUUGCACAGGACAAGUUCCAGUUCACCGUAUCUGCAGGCCGUGCCACGCCCAAAGCCAGGUUUGGGUCGAACUUCCCGGAGUUCCCAGUGUGUUUUCCUCAGUCCCUGGCUGGCGAAGUCCACAACCUCUUCGGUAGCACCCUCUUGAUCUCUAACCUUGGAGACCUGCAACAACGAUUCCUUGAGAGGACCAGACCGGUGGACUGCCGCGGCACGGACGGAAACCUCUACGAUGUGGACCUCGUGCCCGAUCAUCACAUCUAUUAA